AUGUCAAUUAAUAUUGCCGCUCAAGAGCAGACGUCGUCAGACAGCAAAUUGGUAUCCGAGACUGAAAAGAUGCAGAUGAUUUUUAACGAACUUAGGUCGAAUAGACCAAGAUCGCUAGACAGCUGCGAUUUCCGUAGAUUCAAGCUGCACAAAAGAUUUAUUUCUCUACCAAAUAUGGACUUGAGUAAAAAUUCCACGGAAGGAGCAUCUACAAAGGACGGUUGGAAAUCCGCACCCAACUUGAUGUUCCUGGAGCAGCUCAAGGGAAUGGAUGUGCGUGAAAAUUCCUCUGGCGAUGUUCCAGAAAUUGUAUUGCCGUCCACGGAGUUGCCCGUUUCGAUGUACCUACGUCGAAAAAAACCAAAAACACUGCGAUAA